GAAGUAAUUACAAUAAUUUACAACUAAUUUAUUAUCAGAAUUUAUUGUCAGAAGAGAUAAUUUCGACAGAUCAUAUUUUUGCUCUAUGUUCGCUAUUUCUUAAGCGCUCGUUAAGCGUCGAUCCACUGUGCGGCGUCGCGUCGUUGAACGUGCGCCGACGCCAUUGCGCAAACGAACGCGAGCGAAUCGCAUUCGGCGACUCUCGGCGAUGCUCGGCGGCGAAUCCAGCUUGGACAGGUGAAGAGGCGCGGAGACGAGGCUAGGCGAGGUGAGGCGAGACGAGGCGAGGCGAGGCGAGAACAGCCGAAAUGGAGGAGAGCCAAACAUCGGAAAGUGUCGCCGUGCUACCGGACAUGUCCGAAUCGUUGACGAGCGAGACCGAGGAGGCGGCCGCGCUGACGAGCGAACACGAGGCACAUCCCGUCGCGGUUACGGCGAGUGUUACCACGGUACCCGGUGUACCGGGCGUUUCUGGAGUCGGCGUACCGGUCUCUCUUCCCGUGGGCUCCAUCAUCGGUGUAGCGAACUCGACCAAUGGCACGACCUUCAACGUCAUCACCUCGGAUCAACUGCAGUUGCCAGGUUCGGGGCAGUUCAAACAGAUGCUAUGCGUCGACAAUGGGUUUAUUUGUGAACCUCGUCAUGACAAAGAUUCGGAUCCCCUGCGUUGGAAUGGUGAGCUGAAAGCAACCCACAUAGUGAUCCAGAAUAGUACGGAUGAAACCGAAUCAGAACAGAUACAUGUAUCUACACCCAGUUCUCAACCAAUAUACAGCUGGUCAGAUUCAGCAAACUUGGCGGUGUUACCUAUCAGAUGUAAAAACACAAAUGCAGAGUUGCACAAGAGUAGAUUUGGAUCUGGUGGUAGAGGACGGUGUAUUAAACUUGGCUCAGAGUGGUACACACCUAGUGAAUUUGAGGCCCUCUGUGGUAGAGCAUCCAGCAAAGAUUGGAAACGGAGUAUUCGAUUUGGAGGAAGAAGUUUGCAGACUCUCAUUGAUGAACAAAUUCUGAAACCACAUGCUACUUCUUGCACCUGUGCAGCGUGUUGCGAUGAUGACAGUGCGACAGGACCAGUGCGUCUGUUUACUCCAUACAAACGUCGAAAAAGACCCAAGGAUUCAUCUGAUGGAGAAAUCCCUUCGCGUAAACAUAAGAUUGAGAAUAUGCGAGAUGGCAGCAAUAAUGAUGAGAGUGGCGAUGAAGUUGUAGUACCUGAUAAAGAAGUCUGGCCACAAUUUGUUUCUACGGAUGGACUAGUUGUACAGCAGUCCCAGGAACAAGACACAGUUGUGCAGAAUGCGCAUCAAACAGAAAAUGGUCAAGGCGAUGAUAUUUUUAAAAAACUAGAUGAAAUGUCAAAUAAAAUGAUGAAAUUGGCUUACGAAUUUAGACGUACUUUAGAAGAAGCAAAAGAGUUAAAUAGGCAACAGAGAAGAGAGCAGGCAUUGGUCGCGCAACUUGGAGGACGAGCGGAUGUUAUUGAAACUGUUGGACUACAACCAGCGUCUGAUUCGCAUAAUAAAAAGUGUGCCAAUUGUAAUCGAGAAGCAUUUGCAGAAUGCUCUCUAUGCAGACGUACGCCAUACUGUUCCACAUUUUGUCAGCGUAAAGAUUGGGGAAGUCACCAAAUAGAAUGUGUGAGGGGUGCAGCCGAGACUGUAAUGCUCAUAGUAGAAAGUGGCAACGGAGACACGAGUACCCUCCCGACAACCACAACGGACCAAUAGCUAGUGUUUCUCACACCGAUUCACCAAAAGAAUGUAGAGAAUGAAGAAUCCAAUGUAGAAACAUUGAAAUUGGAAUUCAAGGAAGAGACGUAGACUUGAGGUGUUUGUGUUGCACGUAAAUGAAAAAAUGUAAAUAUAGAUGUACAAUAGAAAAAUAUUUCACAUGUGUAUACGCAUCACAUAGGCAUACACAUACACACAGGAUACAUACAUACGCGACGCGCGCAUGCAAAAAUAUAUACGUAUAUAUACACAUAUAUAUAGUCUAU